AUCGAACCAUUAAGGCUCAAAGAAAUCCAACAAAGAAGGCGAAAGAGUUGAAGAGUCUGAAGCCAAACCAGAUCAGAAAAGGCUAGAGGAGCGAAUAUACAACAUAAAUUAACAAAGAAGCAGUCGAGCUUAUUAAUCUGUGAUCAUGGCGGAAGAGUUCAAUACAAGUGGGAACUGGUGGGAUUCAUCAAGAACCAGGUUCGAAAGCGGGACAUCUUCGUCGUCUUCGGCACUCAAUAGCUUAGGCAGCUUUGGAUGGCCAAAUGAUUUAGCAGAAAUCAAAGCGAGGACUACCAUGGAUUCUAUGUCGGUGUCGGGUAGCUCAGUGGUUUUCCAGGACACCCAGAAGCAGCAAGGACAUGAGUCAGCUGGUGCCAGCGAUGAUCUCAACUUACAUAUGAUGGGUUUAGGCCUUUCCACUCAGGCCAUGGAUUGGAACCAAACUUUACUUAGUAGUCGUGGUGAAAAGGCGGACAGCGGUUUCCGUUCGAUGCUUCAAGAAACUGGGAAUAUGGGAUCUUCUCAAGUUCAGUGGAGGGAAAGACUGUUUUCUGGGAUGAGUGGGAGCGAGUCCUCCGCCAACGAGUUUAAGCAACUUAAUCGUGGCUUUUCUUUAGAUCAAUCCCCAUUCAGUCCUCAAUAUAGUUCCGGGGAUAGCACUGUGACAUGCCAGGGCUUGCCUUCUAGUUUUCAGAUGGAUUCGGCGUUGUACGGAAGCCCUUCGGCCAUACUGCAAGGUCUGUUGGGACCGGAUAAUCAGCCUCAUCAACAGCCUUCACUCGAGAAUAGGCCGAUGAGUUUUCCAUAUCCGGUAAACUAUGGCUUGAAUUCUACUGAAUUAUUGCCUUCUUGGUCCAAGGUUCCUCAGUUUUUGAGAACAACUUCACCUCCGAAACAGACACCAAUCAGUCACUUGCAUCUCUCGAACAACGCCCCGUUUUGGAAUGCGUCGGAAGCGGCCAUGAAGGACGUUCGGCCGAGUUUUUUCCCAUCCCUGCAACAGCAGUUUCCCACUCCAAACUUUGAUGAAAAACCAAAGAACAUAUCCGAAGUUCGGGACUCAUCCACAGUGGGGAAGAAAACCGGCAACGAAGCUACAUCUAAAAGGCCUCGUAAUGAAACGCCAUCGCCUUUACCAGCUUUUAAGGUGAGGAAAGAAAAGAUGGGGGACAGAAUCACUGCACUCCAACAAUUGGUAUCACCUUUCGGAAAGACUGAUACUGCCUCGGUGCUUUCUGAGGCCAUUGAAUACAUCAAGUUCCUCCACGAACAAGUUAGUGUCUUAAGUACUCCUUACAUGAAAAGUACUGGAGCUCCCAUACAUCAUCAGCAGGAUUUUGAUAAAUUAAAGGAUCCUGAAGGACCAAAACAAGAUCUUAGAAGCCGAGGACUAUGUUUGGUACCGGUUUCAAGUACAUUCCCUGUUACUCACGAGGCCACGGUUGAUUUCUGGACGCCAACAUUCGGAGGAACUUUCAGAUAGAGCAACAAGAAAUGGUCAAAAUCCAGCGCCCUCUUCUCUCAUGUAAUUAACUAGUAUAUAUAUAGAUCAGAUGAAAACCCAAGCCAACUUAAUUGGGAGUGAUAGGGUCAAAGAAAAAGAUGGAGCAGAAAGACACAGAAAGCCCACAUUAUCGUACUGCUAGUAAGAGUUGGCAAAGAAAUUCAAGAAAUGGCGAAAGGAGAGAGAAGGAAAUGACUUUCCAAAGGACAGCCAUUGUUGGCCAGUUACAGGCAAAAUGAUAUUGCAGGUGUGGCCAAUAUUGGAAAUGACGCUCCAAAGGACAGACAUUGUUGGGAAGCUACAGGCAAAAUGAUGCUGGGUGUGGCCAAUACUCGGGACCAACGGAAUUAGCAGCAUGAAUACUAAUUAUUUGUAAUAAUAGAAGAAUUAUGAUUAGAGGUGGUUAAUUAAUUAAGGAAUAUAUAAGAAAAAAAGCUGCUGAAUUUAGGGAAAG